UUGGAGACAUUAUCUCCACAGUCAUUAGCGGCAAGGCCUCUGUGGGAGUGAACCCAAAAGUAAACAGUAAAGGCUUAACAUUUCUAUCAAGGGCUUUCUUUCAUUACGCUGUUGGCACCCUCUUCUAUGUCUUCACGAUCAGUCUGCUGUGAAGGCCGUAAAACGUCUGUUGUUGUCGUGAUUUGGACUUUCUCUAUUUUUGGGCCUGUUCCAACCGUGGAAACGACGUGUUUGGUUGUUGUGAGUUUUCGUGUCUUCGUGAGAAUGGGCUGCUGACUUACUUGUGCGUUGGUUUCUGGACAAGGACGAUCACAGGAUACUGGCUGAUGCCAAUAUUAUAAUUAAAGCAUUGAGGCACAUAGAUGGAACUGAAAUAAGGAAAUGUGAUCAUUGUGGUCGUAAUCAACAAAGACAGUAACUAUAACAAAAAGAGCUUGUUUUGUGCUACAAAAAUAUUGUUCGUAAGCAGUAGAAAUAAAUCAGGAUUCCUUGUAGAACUACAGAUUUAUGGUAACUUUAUUUAAAAAUCUAGUAGACGAUGUAAAGAUUGUGCAUAUCACAGUGACAGUUUAAAAAUCUCUUAAUAAAUAUACGUUUCUUAUUCAGUGUGUUAUGAUUUUCUCGUCAAGAAACUCUGUUAUUUAUCGAACGAAAUAUUAUGAGUUUCAAGUAACGACGUGACGCUAGGAAGAAGUGGAGAAUAAGUACUACUCCCGUAACACAAAGCAAUUCGAGGAAUUAUUCUUCUCUAUCACUUUAUGGAUAUAUUCAGUCAUCUCUUUUAUAGCGUUCUGUGACCUAACAAAGGGAGUAGCAUUCAGCAGUGACGAUGCAACAGACGAUCAAGCUGCCCCACAUCCCCCAGACUUUCUCUAAAAGACCAUUCGAGGGAUGGGACCGAGCGCUGCUGCAGGCUGCGAACGAUGAUUUUGCUGUGCCUAUAAGAAUUCCCAAGGAAGCCAGGGUCGCAGACAGACCGGAACCACGACGCUUCCAGUCUGAACCAAGACAUCACAAAAUCACGUCACUUCCUCCUGCUGGCCAAAAUGGCAGACUCGUGGCCCAGCAGAACGUGUCCAAGAACAACUACACGGCGUACCUGCCCACAGGUGUCAGUGACAACUACAAUGGGAAACCAUCACCUCGACAGCACUCCCUGCCAGCCAGAAAACCUGGAGACAGCGGGCGAGUCCGAAAAGUCAAUUCAGCCCCUGGAAAAGAGAACAAAGACGAGGUGGCCAAAGUAGUGGCUGCUCUGGUGAGGUCAAGGAUGGGAGAAGUGGAACCUGGACCUGAGACAGCCCAUCGGCUCACAGAUCCCAUCCAGACCAAAAUUCACCUCGUGUUGGCAGCAAGAUUGACCCCGAUACCUACUGGGACACUGCCACCCGGCACCGUCCUAACCAACCAUACAUUUCAAACCGGCCUAAGACGUGGCGAUCUCGUCCUAGACAGAAAACGACAAGAAUAAAAAAGCAGCGACACGCCGUUUCCCUCCCCACACACCCCUCAGAAACGUCAGGUACGUCGAGCAUGAAUGAGGACAAGCUUCCAUCAGACGACGAAGUCGAUGAUGACAUAUCGCCUGAAAUGAACGCGUCAAACGAUGGGGAAUUCUCGCCAAGAACUUCCGUAGACAGAAAAAUCAGUCCCGCUGCUAAAGGGAGCAAAAAACAGCCAUGGAACAACAAUGUAAAUAUCGUGCAAAACUCCAAACCUGAGCCGAAAGUGAAUUCUCGUCGCUAUAUCGAGGGCUUGACGUUCAAACCUACUCUGACGUCAAAAGACGAUGUAUAUAACGCUUAUAUUGGACAAGAAGAAUUGGGUGAUGGUAAUGACUCAGGAAUGUCGGGUAGUGAAGAGGAGGAAUACAUGUCUCCAGCAGAGGACAGCAAUUUCUCACGAUCUUUAGAGAACUCUCCUCAACGAGGCGAGAAAGGAGAGAGAGUUCUCAACAAGCGAGAAGCGAUAAAAUAUAUCAAAAUGACAGGCGUGUAUGGAAGUGACGCAUACAAAAAUCAGCGAAAAGAAUGGUUCCUUCAAAAAUUAGCAAAAGCGCAAGAGGAUAAAGCAAAAGACGCAGAGGAACGAAAGAAAAUGGAACGUCGAAAACGAGAGGAGAACAAGGAAAGACAGCAACGUCAGCUGAAAGAAGUGAGGCAAAGGUUCAGACAGGAGCAAGUUCACAGGUUCCGCACUCAGUAUGUGACGUCUCGGGUACUCGAGCACGAGCACGCCAACAGAUAUCAGUACGGUUUACCUGAGGAUUAUGAAGAUGGCUUUAGAAAAGAAAGCAAUCAAUCUGAGUUCGAUCAGAGCAAAGGGGGUAAAGAAGAAACGUCUUCCAAAUCGAAAUCUACCGAUAAGAGCAAAAGUCCAGGCCCCAAAUUCCAAUCUAAAGGUGCAAAACCCGGGGCGGCCAAAUCAGUAAAUAGGGGGCGCGGCGGUCCUGAUCAAAACCAUGACCCACAAAAACAGAAGGCUGAGGAAGACAGAGAGAAAAUUGUUAAGAACCAACAAUCAUGGUACGCAGAUAUGGCGUCAUCGCAACCUAACACGGGUGACACUGAGAAUUCUGAAGCCAUAGAAGAAACCGAAAAUUCCAGAGUUCAGGAUGACGGUUUGCAGAAGGAAAUCAACGAAGAAAGAACAGAUCCUCUGCAAGAUCGAUCUAGCUAUGACAAACACGAAAAAGACUCUAAAGUUGUGACGGACACUGCUAAAAGAAACAACGCACGGAGAUCGGAUAAAGACAUCCUAGCCAAAGCAGAAAAACUAGAGAAGAGAUAUACAAAUAAUCGUGAUAAAAAGAAACCUUCAAACGGACGCCCUGGUGGAGAGGCAGCCCCAGGACCCCAGACUACACAACCUUCCAUACGGGAACAAACAGGGGCACCUCCAGACAGCGAAAUAGCCGUAUGGCGUCUCCUGAUCUGACUCUCGGUUCAGACUUUGAGGUGGACGACGAAGAUGAAACGGAAGACGACAUCUUUGAACGGUUGAGAAAGAAAUACAACAUUAAAAUCGACAGUGACGAAGAAGACAUCUAAUCACCCCCAAGCUGUCAACAUUUCAUGGAGUUAUACAAAUAAAUGUAUACAUAUAU